AAAACAAAAAAACACAAGAACAAGGAAAAAACAAAACAAACUACUUUCUCUCUCCUAUAUCAAAAUUAUGCCAUAAAAAUAAAUCUACAUUUUCACAAAUUUAUGUUUGAAGAUCUUUCAUUUUUCUGCAAAUAAUUACAAAAGAAUUGAAAUAAUAAUUAUGGGAUCAUUUACAAGUUUGAGAAAAGCUUAUGGAGCACUCAAAGAUACAACAAAGGUGGGGCUUGCAAAGGUUAAUAGCGAAUUCAAGGAAUUAGAUAUUGCAAUCGUAAAGGCUACAAAUCACGUCGAAUGUCCUCCUAAAGAACGUCAUGUUCGUAAGAUCUUUUCUGCAACUUCAGUGAUACGUCCGCGAGCUGAUGUGGCUUAUUGCAUUCAUGCCCUUUCCAAGAGAUUAUCUAAAACGCGAAAUUGGAUUGUUGCAGUGAAGACAUUAAUAGUAAUUCACAGAACAUUGAGAGAGGGAGAUCCUACGUUCAGAGAGGAGCUAUUAAAUUAUGCUCAUGGAGGAAAUGUUCUCCAAAUCUCAAAUUUCAAAGAUGAAUCAAGUCCAAUGGCAUGGGAUUGCUCAGCUUGGGUUAGAACAUAUGCUCUGUUCUUAGAGGAAAGAUUAGAGUGUUUUAGAGUUUUAAAAUACGACAUUGAGGCUGAACGUUUGACCAAAUCUACUCCUGUUGCUACCAAGGUACAUAGUAGAACAAGACUUUUAACUCGAGAUGAAUUAUUAGAGCAAUUACCUGCACUGCAACAGCUUCUCUUUCGUUUAAUUGGUUGCCAUCCCGAAGGAGGAUCUUAUAGCAAUUUUCUCAUCCAAUAUGCUUUGGCUUUGAUAUUAAAAGAGAGCUUCAAAAUAUAUUGUGCAAUUAACGAUGGAAUUAUUAAUCUUGUGGAUAUGUUUUUUGAUAUGUCAAGACAUGAUGCCGUAAAAGCACUCAAUAUUUACAAAAGAGCUGGCCAACAGGCUGAAAAUCUUGCAGAAUUUUAUGAAUAUUGUAAGGGUUUAGAGCUUGCUAGGAACUUUCAAUUCCCAAUACUAAGACAGCCACCUCCAUCAUUUCUUGCAACAAUGGAAGAAUAUAUUAAGGAAGCGCCACAGGCAGGCUCUGUUCAAAAAAGAUUGGAAUAUCAAGAGAGACAAGAUUCAAUGCAUGAAAAACUAGAAGAGGUUUCAGAACCUUCAAAAGAAAUUGAAAAUGUUGAAGAUAACAAAGAAACAAUUGAGGAGCCAAUUGAAGAAACUCAAACAAACAAUCAAGUGGAAGAUCUACCAUUAAUAUCUACUGAUGAUACUGAUGAUUUACUUGGUUUGAAGGAAAUAAAUCCAAGUGCUUUGGAAUUAGAGCAAAACAAUGCAUUAGCUCUUGCAAUUGUUCCAUCUGGAAAUGAUCCCUUAUCAUCAUGUAGUGCUUUGAGUGAGCUUGGGAAGCCAAAUGCAACAGGAUGGGAAUUAGCACUUGUGACUGCGCCUAGCAGUAACCAAACUCAUGCUACAGAAAGCAAAUUGGCUGGCGGAUUUGAUAGACUAUUACUCGAUAGCCUCUACGAAGAUGACACUGCUCGUCGGCAAAUACAACUCCAGAAUGCUGGCUAUGGAUAUAGCGGCACGGCAGCACAAAAUAAUCCAUUCGAACAACAACAACAACAACAAGAUCCAUUUUUAGUGUCAAACAAUAUUGCACCGCCGCCCAAUGUGCAAAUGGCAAUUAUGGCUCAACAACAACAAGAACACCAACAGCGACAAAUGAUGAUGCUACAACAACAACAACAACAACCACAACAAUAUCAACCUCAAUAUCCUCAAAUGCAAAUGCAACAAAUGAAUUCUUCAAAUCCUUUUGGAGAUCCAAUUCCACAAAAUGCAGUACAACAACAAGGAAAUCAUAUGCUACUUUAGAUUAAUUAUUUUAUUGUUGUUGUUAUGAAUAAUUUAUUCUUUUAAAUAGCAAAAUCUUAUGGUAUUUUUUUA